AUGCAAAUCCAGGCUUCAUUGCCCGUUCAAGGUGCCGGUCGCGACCAAGAGAAAGAAAAACUAGAAGUCAAGUCGCCUUCUAUGGCAGAACAAACUGCUCGAGAUGCGCCUAUGAGUCUCAUUCAAGAAAUCAGAGAAAAUAUGGCGUUGCCGCAACAGCCCUCCACAACACUGGAUAUUUCCGAGGAUAGCAUCAUCAGUAGUUUCAUUUCUGAAGAGCUUGCUUCAAGGCUUCUUGAUGGCCGCUGGCUAUUUAUGAGUACAGAACCCGCCGAUAUCUACUCCAAGUCAUCUCUUCUUCUAGGAACUUGUAGCCUCGCGGGAUUUCAUAGUAUUCCAAGUUUGCACGGGUCUGAAACACACCACAUAUUGUACCGGCAUGUUCAUGGCCUUUUGGGCCGGGCACAUCUAGCGUCAACAGCUUCGCUGGAUACAAUCCAAGCGAUGCUUAUCUUCUCAAUGUGGGAUUUAAGACCGACCCGAGAUCACGACCAUAGAAAUUCUUGGUUGCUCAGUGGUAUGGCUGCUAUGCAGGUUGUGAUGACUACACGCUUCGAUCAGCUUUUGUGCGCGAACAAUUCUAGUCAGGCUAAUCAAUCACGAGAGUUGAUGCGCACUUGGAACUUGAUAUGCCUAUGCCAGUUACAGUAUGCCUCGCAAGUCUCAGGUCUGAUUGCGGCUUUUCACUUAUACUUUGAUCAAUGUGCCAAGAUCCUCGAGUUCCCAUUCUACAAUUCCCGAGAUGAACUUGUUCUUGCAGGAGUGGAGCUUUAUCGCACGCUGUGGGAUCUCACAAGCUCCAUUGUGAUUCAGAAAGAAAGUGCAACAUGGCCCGAGAUUGACAGGCUGCGCAAGACCCACGAUCAUAUUUACAAACUUGAUUCAUCUGAGCCUUUGCGUUUCGCAUACUCAUGCACCUAUCUUAUUCUUGCGCGUCGAACAUUACAACAUCUAAAUUACGCCGAAAUUGUCAACGAACCCGAAUCCAAGGAUCUGAGCACAACAAGCCAGAAACUCCCCUUCAUUAAAGAAGCCAUCCUCCACUCCCAUAAACUUCUAAGACUUUUCCUGUCUAUGUCCGACCUCACCACUUACAUCCACCCCGCUUAUGAAACCCUUCUAUGCUCUUUCGCCAUGGUCACUUUGGCUGAGUUUGUAUCUCAUAUCUCUGAUGUGAACGAAACGGUAGACCUCAUGGAGGGUGUUAUCUCACAUAUACAUCACGGCGGCAAGGCGGAGCCCGUCAGUCGAUGGUCGCUGAAUAUCGUUCGACAACAUCUUAUCGGAAAUGGCGGGCAGGAACCUCCUAUUUCAACGGUGAUUGAUAAUAACCUAUAUGGUACUUUGAUGGCUGAUGAAGCAUUGAAACCUUGGGAGGAGGGAGAUUGGAGCUUUGAGCAGGAGUUUCCGUCACUCGAAGAGAUGUUUUUCGGGAAUGUAGUAUGA